AUGAGACGUUGUUUGUGCAAUUUGGGGAGAUACUUGAGGCUGUGGUCAUCACUGAUAAAAAUGCAAGGUCAAUCGAAAGGGUAUGGUUUUGUGACUCUUCGGGACCCUGAAUCAGCCCGGAGAGUGUGCACAUAUUCAACUCCCAUUAUUGAUGGGAGGCGCGCAAAUUGUAAAUUGGCAUCACUUGAGCGACCACGCCCAACAAUUCAUUUCGGACACGUUAGAACUCUGAAACCUCACCUUGGUAGCGUACCGACGACUUGGGGUGCUUAUCCUGGAAGUUACGACUACCAGCAACCAGUUGCAUACAACAAGGCCUGA